GAGAAGGACCUGGAUGACCGAGCCUACAGGACCCUGCAGGAGCUGGAGAAAUACUCAGAGAACACGCAGUCCUCUUUAAUAUACCUGCUGCUGGAGUGCUUAGGGGUGACAAACGUCCAUGCAGACCACGCAGCAAGUCACAUCGGGAAAGCUCAGGGAAUCGUGACGUGUUUGAGAGCGACUCCUUAUCACAGCGGCCGGAGGAAAGUCUACCUCCCCAUGGACAUCUGCAUGCUGCACGGAGCUUCUCAGGAGGACUUUAUCCGCGGCAGCCGAGAGCAAAACAUGCGCGACGUCGCGUACGACAUCGCCAGUCAGGCUCACGUACAUUUACAACACGCGCGAUCGUUUAGCCACAACAUCCCAGAAGCCGCAAAUCUGGCCUUCCUGCAGACGGUGGUGUUGGAGGACUACCUGCAGAGAGUGCGGAGGGCAGAUUUUGAUGUUUUCCACCCGAGUCUGAAGAAGAGAAACCCCCUCCUCCCCAUACAGCUGUACCUCCGCUCCUGGAAGAAGUCCUACUGACAUCAGUCCUGCUCAUCUUCCUCCCCCUCCUCUUCCUCCUCUUCCUCCUCCUCCUCUUCCUCCUCCUUCUGCAGGAAACACCUCACACACUUUGUUCAAUAAAUAAAUCCUU